GGUUUUAGUAAAUUGUGUCAUCACACCUAAGCCAGUUGCCCCGCAGUGUUUCAGACAAGCAGACAUCAGGUUUUUCUUUUACCAGACAAAAGUAACAAAGAGAACAGAGAGAUGUUGUUUUUCGCUCUUUUCAUUGCUGUACUACCCUGUACUGCCAUAGCAAACGAAGAACUUAACGACCCAAAUGAUAAAUCAAUGAGUCAUUUGGAUUCGAGUCCACGUCCUGAUGCCAGCAUGGGUCUGUCCCAGGAAUCCCCAUCAUCAGCAUCGGCAUGCUGCGGAUCGGAUGAGAUAAAGCAUUCCCUUGCCCAGCUAAUUCAAGAAGAACAGGAAAGCAAGGGCUGGUACGGUGAAAUGGUGAAGGUGCUAAAUCAGUUGGUGCAAGACAACAAAGAGGUGGCCAACAGUCACGCUGAGGCCCUGAACGUUCAGCGGAUCAUAAAGGACCAGGAGUUUCCCGCACCAGUGAUAAAACUGAACUCAGCCACAUUAAAGCGCUCUGAGGUGAUCUGGUCAGCUAAAAAGUCUUUCAAUCUGAGCUGCGAUGGACAGAUGGAUGUCAUAUGGAAGACAAGGCUCAGUAGACACCAGAGGCACAUCUCCAAAAAUGUCCUUACUGUCAAAAAGCCCACCGUAGAUCACACAGGAACAUACCAGUGCAGUUACAAGAACCAAACAGACUUGUACUCAGAAGUCCACAUGUAUGUUAAAGAUUCCAUCAAAGCCUUUACUACCCCACAAACCCACGUAAUAAUUAAAAGUGAAGGUUCCAACUGUUUGCUGGACUGCUUGGUGACAGACCCAACAAGUACAGGGUUCUCACUCCAGAUGACAAAUGGAUCUGGUGUCCCGUCUGAGAUGAAUUAUACUGCGGAUCCCAAACGUGGCAUCCUGAUACGAAAUCUUCAACCCAGGUACAGCGGAGACUAUGUUUGUACUGUGAGGAUUAAUGGAGUCCAGAAGAUGUCUGAGGUCUUUCAUAUCACUGUCUUAAAAAGAGCUCAAAGGCCACCAUCUGUAUCACUUGCAGCUGAUCGAUAUGUGCGUAUCAUUGGCGAAAUGCUGCGUAUCCCUUGUUACACCAUAAACCAGGACCAUUCGUAUAACGUCACAUGGAGUUCAACACAAAAGGUAUUUAAGCAUGAAACAAUGGUAGAAGAAGGGUGUGAACACGUUUGCAUCACUAGUUUUCUGACCAUUCCUCAUGUUUACAUGUCGGACACUGGGAAUUUUACCUGCACGGGCCAGAAUGAGGCAGGAAAACAUAGCGUCACAACAACUCUCCAAGUUGUAGAUAAACCAUACAUUAAACUUAUACCUAUCCUGGCCGAUGACUACAAGGUAAAUGGAACUACUAUUGAGGUGACCCAGGGGGAAAUGCUUAAAAUUAGCGUGCAAAUUGAGGCAUAUCCGGAAAUCGAAUUGACAUGUUGGAAAACUCCCAACUCUAGGAACACAUCCAACUUUGAGGAAACGCUUCACAGGAUUCAUAAUAAAAAUGAACAUAUCUCCACUAUCCUGCUGAAAAGAGUUGGAACACAAGAAUAUGGCCACUACACAUUCACUUCCAGGAGUGCUAGUGUUAAUGCCUCAGUUACUUUCACAGUUCACGUGUAUCAGAAACCCAAGGCUGUAAUCAAGUGGGAAAAUGGAAUUGCAACAUGUGUUGCAACUGGUUAUCCAAUACCCAGAAUUCAAUGGUUCCAGUGUGAAAUCGAUAUCAUGAAUGAUGGGUGUAGUUACAACCAAACAUCACAUGCAGAGUUACUGGCCACCCAGUCCAUCUCGGAUCGCACAAUAGAAUUCAAUCUGGUGCGAGUGGAGAGUGUCUUACCAAUCACCAAUGGAAAUACUAGUUUAACCAUUGAGUGUGUGGCUACAAAUAUAGCUGGAAAAGACAGUGAUACCCUCACCCUGAGAAAUGUUCUUGGCACUAUAUCAGCACGGUCAACGGUGUUGAUCACUAUUGUUGUUGUUGGAGCCUUCAGUGUGGGGUCCCUAUUGUUGUUGCUCAUCUACAAGUACAAAGAGACACAGAAGUAUGAAAUACAGUGGAAAAUCAUUGAGGUUAAUAAUGAGAACAGUUACAAGUAUAUUGACCCCAAUCAGCUUCCAUAUGACAAAAGGCUGGAGUUUCCUCGAAACAAGCUAAAACUUGGAAAGGUUCUAGGAGCAGGAGCUUUUGGGAAGGUGGUGCAAGCAACUGCUUGCGGGCUUGUGAAUGACGAAACAAUUACACAGGUGGCAGUGAAAAUGCUCAAACCAAGUGCCUGCUUUGAAGAAAAAGAAGCGCUAAUGUCUGAACUGAAAAUUUUAAGUUAUAUUGGACCACAUGACAACAUAGUAAAUCUUCUGGGAGCAUGUACUCAGGGAGGACCGAUGCUAAUGAUCACAGAGUACUGCUGCCAUGGUGACCUCCUCAACUUCUUGCGUCAAAGAGCUGAAACAUUUGUAAACACUUCUCUUGGUGUUCAAAGUUUACCAGAGAAUUCAAACCUCUACAAGAAUGUGCCAGUUAAAAAGAGCCUGUCUACAGGUAGUAACAGUGUAGUGUACCCUGGCACAGACAUCUACCAGAAUGCACAGUCAACAAAGAUGUCACCAGAUCUUUGUCAGGAAUCCUGCAAAAAAGCAUGGGAGGACACAUGGGCACUGGAUAUUAUGGAUUUGUUGAAGUUCUCCUACCAGGUGGCACAGGGAAUGGAUUUCCUUUCCUCUAAAAAUUGUAUUCACAGAGAUUUGGCUGCAAGGAACGUUCUUGUGACUGAUUGUGGUGUUGUCAAGAUAUGUGAUUUUGGACUUGCACGGGACAUCAUGAAUGACUUAAAUUAUGUGGUAAAGGGAAACGCACGACUCCCAGUAAAGUGGAUGUCACCUGAAAGUAUUUUUGAAUGUGUUUACACAGUACAGAGUGAUGUAUGGUCGUAUGGCAUUCUCUUGUGGGAGAUCUUUUCCCUUGGUAUGACUCCUUACCCAAAUGUUGUGGUUGAUGCAAAUUUCUACAAGAUGAUUAAAGAUGGUUAUCAGAUGUCACAACCAGAUUUUGCACCUCAUGAGAUUUACACAAUUAUGAAAAUGUGCUGGAUCCUCAACCCAACCCUGCGUCCAACCUUUGGCAAGAUCAGAGAGAUUAUUGCAAAAUUGCUGUCAACUGAAUUCAACAAGCAGCACAGUAAGACUGCGUAUCCAGAGUUUCAGAGGCAGCUGAUGGGAAAACCAUGCAACUCAACCCCGGAGUCAAUUUGCGAAGAAGAGGUGAAACCUUUAAUGAGGAGCAGUUUGAUCUAGCAUCUGAGAAAAACAACUCUUACAGUCAUUUAACUCUUUUCCCGCAAUUGACGAGUUAACUCGUCAAUUAAGAGAAAACGCUUCCCUGCCAAUGCCGUAUUUCCGUAUAAGCAGAGGAUCUGUUCUGUCAUUUGAUAUAUUUAUAUUUAAAGAAGAACAUUUUCCCACGUCUCCCCGGCUGGGCCUGUGAUGGUACCAGUGUUCAUUUGUAAUUAUUUAGAAAGGUCUCUAGUUUUGAAUAGAAGUAGAAUUUGUAUAUAGUGCAAUGUAUUGUUUUGCAAUGAUUAUGACACAUUAUAUAAUUCAUCUUUUGUAGAAGAUCCUGUAGAUACUAUAAAAGCUGACACUUGCAAGUAUGUUAUUUUACUUAUUCUUGUUGUUUAUGGGUACAUUAUUUUUCUGCUGGUCACUAAUUGUUGAGAGGUUAUUAUUUUCUUGUUAUCUAUUUGUUUAUUGGUAUAACCUUCUUCUCCCAUAUUAACGUACUAAAUUAAAACAAAAUUCAAUUAAAAUAAAUGUAUAUAGACAUUAUCCUAAUGAGAAUUUGUUUCAAAGCAACAUUACAGUAAAACAUUUCAGUUAAACUCAACACAAAGAUUAUUUAUAUAGCAUUUUUCAAAAACAGAAAGGUGCUGUACAGACAAUGUUCAAAGCAAUUAAAACAUAAGAGUAACAAUAAAAAAGACAAUAAACAACUGUUUAGGUUCUACAAUAUGUCCUUAUUGACCAAUAAUAAAAUUAUGCUCUUAGUAUGUAAGAAUCCAACCCUAUCUCAAAGCAUUUUAUGGUAUAGGCAUAAAAUAUUUGCUUAAUCUAACCCCAACCCGCAAAAAACAAAAUGUUAAAUGACACGAAAAAGAAAGUCAUGCUUGGGAACACAAAAAAAUAUUUAAAAUUGUGCUGGGUGACACGUAAAAGACAUCUGUGCUCAUUAACACAAUGAAAAGAGAAAAAUCGUGUCCAUGAUCACAAAUAAAUCAAAUAUUUUGUGACUAUACCACAAAGUGCCUUAUUAAGUUAAAAAAAUAUCAAAACGAGGUCAGUAUGUGAAAAUAUCACAAGUAUAUAUGUGGAGAUGAUAAAUAUCUACCUUUAUGGUCUAUAAAUGGCCCCAGGCACACCGUAUAAGAAAGAGUGGUAAAUAUUUUUGUUAAGCUACAGAUCAGAUCUUUGGAUUUAGCUGAUCCGGCUAUUGUUUGUAGAUAUUAUGCAGUUUUUCUUUCUGUUUGUUAUUUUGUCUAUUUGGGACAAAGUCACUGUGAAUCUUUACUGUUUAGCACUAAUAAAAUUCAGAAAACGUU